AUGGAAUGGACUGCUGACAGUGAGCAAGGCGGCCGCAGCCAGAGAGAUGCAGCAUACCGAGCUGUUUCACAGGAUGAGAUGCACAGAACUGGUCAUUUCCAUGGGUUGGGCACUCUCCCGCUGGUGGCCAUCAUGGCCAGCAUUGCGGCCACAUUUGCUUUGGCUGCUGUCAUGUUGGCUCACUGGUUGACUCCCUCCAGGACCGAAAAGCCAGAGCUGACCGUGGACGAGAUCCUGGUUGAUGUGACAAAGCAAAAUGGCUUGACUGCCAAUGUAGAAGCAGGUGUGAAAUUCGACAACGACAUGUCAAACACCCUGUACAACAACAACGGCGCAUACUCCACAGAUGGAGAUGUCAAGAGGAUUAAUGGAGCCUAUGACAACAACGCAGAGAGUAAACACGGACAUGUGACCAGAGCCAACGGUCUCAUGGAUAACAAUGCUAUAGGCUAUGGUGAUGGAGAUGUGUUCCGGCAGCAUGGUCUUUUAACGGGAGGUCGCUCAGGUCUGCUCGAGGAUGAUGAACUUCCCCCUGCUCCGGAUAAAACGGAUGAGGAUGACAAAGCGAUUUGGAAAGAGCUGCUUCAGGCCUUCAAAGAUAAGCGGGCCUCCUCAAGGAAUUUUACUCAGGCAAAACGCAUACUUGCUGUUUUUCUUGCAAUGAAAAGUGCUGCUAGUGAGAAGCGGAAAGCACAUAUUAUGAAGGUUCUGAACAUACUAUUUGGACCAUUCGACGCCAAUGAAACUGGUGGAAUCGACGAUUCUGUCACUGCUGAGGCAAAGAUCCUCAGUAAUUUAGAGAGGCGGUGGCUGGAAGAUGAGGUGGCAGCGCUGAAGAAUCAGAGAGGGACGGUUGACAACGCAGUCCAGUUCCUGGCAGACAACUCUGACAGCGAGACGAUCCGCGAGGCGUUGAAUGCUUCUAGAAACGAAGAGCGGCUUCGCCAGAACCUGACGCGUGCAGAGCUUCAUGCCGACCUAGCUGAGGUCUUGAAAGAUUUGAGCAGCAUGCCUGAAGACAAGCGUGUCCACAUUGGGAAGAUCCACAUCCAAGUGAAAGAGCAAAGCGGGUUGCAAGCCAAUUUGGGCGCUGGUGUUGACUUUAGUAAUAAGAUGCCUGGCAGUUUGCACGACAACAACAACGCAAAAUCUGACGCAGGAACUGUGUGGAGAUACAAUGGUGCCUUCGACAACAAUGCUCGUUCUACCGAUGGCAACGUGCUUCGAGUAAACGGGGCUUUUGACAACAAUGCUGUGACAAGGAAUGGAUCAGCUCAGCGGCAAAAUGGCAAUGACCGAUUCAAGGAGUGA